UCGCAUAACCUCUGUAGGAGUACAAUUCUUUACUGUACUAACCACUUUUGAUUAGGAGUAGGAGUACUGAUUUUAUUUCAGGAUAAAUCAAAGCAAAAGGAAAUAUAUGCACCUUGUCGGGUCAUCGUGGCUGCUUUGAUGAUGCACUCAUCACCUUCACACGUCGGAUCUAAGAGAAAAACGGCCACUAAAAUGCAUUAUACAAUUCUAAUAGGAAUUCUCCCAGUCGAAUUUAAGAGAGAAUUUGGUCUCGAACUCUCAACGAAUGAAAAAAAAACUCUGUUUGAAACGACUUCAGUUUUAUCUUUGAACCAAGUAGUUGUCUAAAAUAGCGACGGAUAAAAUGUUUGUGCAACAAAUGUAUUAUUACUAUCUCUUUUCUACACGAUAAAGAUUUCGCAUGAAAAUUGAAUGUUUUUCUAGUAUUCUCCCGUUUCAUAUUAUAAGACCUUUGCUUUUUUUUUCUAAUCUGGCUUUGUUAAGUUUGACUAAAUUUAUAAAAGAAUUAAUAAUAUCUAAAAUAAAAAAUUAGUUUUAUUGAAUCCAACAUUGAAAUAUUUUAAUAAUGUGUCUGUUUUAUUGAAAAUAUUACUAUAUCUUUUACAAAUUUAACUUAUAAUAUUUUUAACUAAAAUGAAAUAAUAUGAAACAUAGUGAGAGAGGUGAGAGAGGGAGUAGUAGGUUUGGAGUGGAUAGGUGAGCCUGAACAUGAAUGAGUCAGCGACGAGUGGAACAAACAUGUGGUGUGCUGCUGCCUUGUCGUCAUAGAACAACCUUCUCUUCCCUUCCCUCACCUUUCGCGUUCACCUCAGCUCAGCUCGUCUCUCUGACUCUGAUCUCGCCGUCCCGAGUUCGCCGGACACGCACGCACGCGGCCACGACGGCGGCGAUGGAGGGCGCCCUGCUCUGCGCCGCCAACCACGCGCCGCUCACGCCCAUCACCUUCCUCGACCGCGCCGCCCUCGUCUACCCCGACCGCCCCGCCAUCGUCGCCUCCUCCUCCGGGCUCACCCGCACCUGGCGGGAGACGCGUGACCGCUGCCUCCGCCUCACCGCCGCCCUCGCCGCCCUCGGCGUCCACCGCCACCACGUGGUUGCGGUAUUCGCGCAGAAUAUUCCGGCGAUGUGCGAGCUCCACUUCGGCAUCCCGAUGGCCGGCGCCGUCAUCUGCACGCUCAACUCCCGCCUCGACGCCGCCAUGGCCUCCGUCCUGCUCCGCCACUCGGAGGCCAAGCUCAUCUUCGUCGACUGCGCGCUGCUCGACGUCGCCCACGACGCCAUCCGCCGCAUCUCCCAAUCGGGCGCCACGCCUCCCGUCCUCGUCCUCAUCAGCGAGCUCCUCGACGACCCAUCCGAUGCCAAGCUCCCGUCCGGUCGUGUCGACUACGAGUACGAGCACCUCGUCGGCAAUGCCGGGUCGUCGCCGGAGUUCGCGGUGCGGUGGCCCGCCGACGAGAACGAGCCGAUCGCGCUCAACUACACGUCGGGCACGACGUCGAGGCCCAAGGGCGUGAUCUACAGCCACCGCGGCGCGUACCUGAACAGCCUCGCCGCCGUGCUCCUCAACGACAUGGCGUCCACGCCGGUGUACCUGUGGACGGUGCCCAUGUUCCACUGCAACGGGUGGUGCAUGGCGUGGGGCGUCGCGGCGCAGGGCGGCACCAACGUGUGCGUCCGCAGGGUCACCGCGGCCACCAUCUUCGACGCCGUGGCGCGCCACGGCGUCACCCACAUGGGCGGCGCGCCCACGGUGCUGAGCAUGAUCGUGAACGCCACGGCGGAGGAGCAGCGGCCGGUGGCGAGGAGGGUGACGGUGAUGACCGGCGGCGCGCCGCCGCCGCCGAAGGUGCUGCACCGGAUGGAGGAGCAGGGGUUCCUGGUGAUCCACUCGUACGGGCUGACGGAGACGUACGGCCCGGCGACGGUGUGCACGUGGAGGCCGGAGUGGGACGCGCUGCCGGCGGAGGAGCGGGCGCGGAUCAAGUCGCGGCAGGGGGUGCACCACCACGGCCUGGAGGUGGACGUCAAGGACCCCGCCACGAUGCGGAGCGUGCCGCGCGACGGGAAGACGAUGGGGGAGGUGAUGCUGCGGGGGAACACGGUGAUGAGCGGCUACUACAAGGACGGCGCGGCGACGGCGGAGGCGCUCGCCGGUGGGUGGUUCCGGUCCGGCGACCUGGCGGUGCGGCACGAGGACGGGUACGUGAAGGUGCUCGACCGGUCCAAGGACAUCAUAAUCUCGGGCGGGGAGAACAUCAGCACAAUCGAGGUGGAGGCGGCGCUGUUCAGCCACCCGGCGGUGGAGGAGGCGGCGGUGGUGGGGCGGCCGGACGACUACUGGGGCGAGACGCCGUGCGCGUUCGUGAAGCUGAGGCCCGGCGCGGCGGCGGCGGCGAAGGCGGGGGUGGUGGAGGAGGAGCUGAUGGCGUACUGCAGGGCGAGGCUGCCGAGGUACAUGGCGCCGCGGACGGUGGUGGUGGUGGAGGAGGGGCUGCCGAAGACGGCGACGGGGAAGGUGCAGAAGUUCGAGCUGCGGGCGCGCGCCAAGGCCAUGGGCACCGUCCCGGCGGCGGCGGCGGCGAAGUCGAAGAGGAGCAAGCUCUGAAUGAAUUUGUUUGCGUCAGCUGCUGACGACUGCAAUGCAACUUCGAUGCAGCAUGCGUGUGUGUGCCUGUGGAAUCUCGAGACAACAACCAAAGAAAAAAAAUAAAAAAAUCAUGAUUUGUUGUGAUGAUUCGUGCGAGAA